AUGACUAUCAUCUUCAAAGUUUCAGUGUUUGGUUCCAAAAGCCACGGAAGGUGUGAUUGGUCAGACCUGGAGGACAUAUUAAUGAUCUCGGUCCCGCCCCCAGGUGGUGAUGUCGUACGGCGGCUAUGCGGGGGGCGCGUGGCGUUCGCUCUGGUGGUGAUGCUGGACAGCGAGCAAGUCAAAGCCAAAGGAUUACUUGUCGCCACGACGAUCGUGGUCGUCUUCUUCACAGUCAUGUUCCAGUCCUGUCUCUCUGUCUCUCUGUCUCUCUCUCUCUCUCUCUAUCAGGGUCUGACCAUCAAACCUCUGGUUAACUGGCUCAAAGUCCCUCGCUCCACCAGCAGGAAGCCGACCAUCAACGAGGAGAUACACGAGAGGGCCUUUGAUCACAUUCUGACAGCAGUGGAGGACAUUGCAGGACUGCAGGGUUACCACCACUGGAGAGACAAGUGGGAGCAGUUUGAUAAGAACUACCUGAGUAAGCUGCUGCUGAGGAAGUCUGUGUACAGGAAGAGUGAGCUGUGGGAGGCCUAUCAGAAGAUCAACAUCAGGGACGCCAUCAGUGUCAUCGACCAGGGUGGUAACGUGCUGACCUCAGCCAGACUGUCUCUGCCCUCGAUGGCCAGCAGAGCCUCGUUCCCCGAAGUCACCAACGUCACCAACUACCUGCGAGAGAACGGCAGCGGGGUGUGUCUGGACCUCCAGGUGAUCGAUAACGUCCCCGGAGCCAAAGUGGAAGAAGACUCAGAGACACAUCACGUCCUCACAGGGAACCUGUACAAGCCCAGGAGACGGUACCAGUCCCACUACAGCCGUCACUUCAUGCCUCUGGGGGAGAAGGAGCGCCAGGACCGGGAGGUGUUUCAGAGGAACAUGAAGAUCCGCAUGGAGACGUUCAAAUCCACCCGACACAAACGCCACAAGAAGGAGCGCAGCCUCAAGAAGCGGCGAGGAUCAGACGCCAAGGAGGACGGCAGCGACAAGCCCCGACGCAACGUCAGCUGGCACGACAAGAAUCCCGUGGUGGUUCCCGUGGAGUCGGAGGAGGACCGAGCUGAACAUUCAGACCUCGAGAAGGAGGAAGACGUCGGGAUCACCUUCGUCGCUCGCAAGGUGGAGACGCCGAAACAACGACCCAAAUCCGCUGUGGACGGGUGUCAGAGUCCCUCCGCUGACCCCCCCUCCCCGCCCAGUGGUGACAGCCAUCUCCCGUGGAAGGCGAGCGUGGGCUCGCCGCCUCCCUGCGUGUCCGUGGAGGCGACUAAGAUCAUCCCCGUGGACCUGCAGCAGGCCUGGAACCAGAGCAUCUCCUCGCUGGAGAGCAUCUCCUCGCCCCCGGCCCCCGCCGAGCCCCUGCACCCCCGCGUCAGCGCCCUCUCCAGACUGGUGGGGCCGCGGCCGGCCUCCUACACGCCGCCAGGCAGCGCGGCGGGCAGUGCGGCGGGCAGCGCGGCGUCCAUUGCCAUCGGAGCGCAGCUGCCGCAGGGCUCCUUCUGCUUCCCCGAGAGGAAGAAGAAAGAGGAGGAAGAGGAGGAGGAAGAGGAGGAGGGGGGGGUGCAGGAGCUGCAGCCGCUCAUGGCGUCUUUGAGGCCGCCCGCCUCCCUGCCGGCGCCCCCGCCCGGCCCAACGCCACCCGGCUCCACGCCAACCAACGGGCGGAGGAGGAACCCCUGCGUCUACCUGAGGAGCCUGGUGACGGCCCCGCAGCCGGGCAGCGGAGAGCUGCACAGCAGGGGGCCCACACAGCUGUAACACACACACACACACACACACACACACACACACUCAGGCUGACACACACACACACACACACACACACACACA